AGUAUAGUACGGAGAUGAGUGAAUUGAACGAAAUACACGAUUACCAAGCAAACUGACGACCACUGGCCACUAAACACUGACCAGUGCUCUUCAUUCGAUAUCGCCGGAAAGAUGUAUCCGCACUAAGUUCGGGGGAUGAUCCAUUAUCGCGAUUUUUUAUUAUUUCGUGAGAUGAAUGGUAAUUGAAAAUUUCGGGGCAAAGUUAAUGCCGGCAAGAAGAAGCACGACCAACAUAUCAUUUGAAACACAUGCACAAAUUUAAAUCAGGCAUGUAUGACCUUUUCGGUGUCCAGACCAGUUGGAGAAUCUAAUGGAACUCAUGGUUCAGUUGAUUUCGGCAUUUCAUGGGGUUGGUGUUAAGAGUGAUAAGGAGUUCAUAGAUGUGAAUCCCGACAAGUGAAAAUUUCGAAAAACAAUCUGGAGGGUUGUGUUGUAGUUCCAGAGAAACCUUUACAGUGAAUUUGGUAGUGAUUUUGUGGUGUUGUCCUUUUUAAAUCGGAAAAUGACGGAUUCGGAGAAUUCAAUGGGUAUCGAAAUGACGAUAUCUCGUCAGGAGCGGAAACAGAAAGAAAAACAUGAACACGAACAACGCCUACUUGAUCCUGUACAAAAUGCCAUGGGACAAUUGGGAAUCUGGCAUAUCUGGACCUGUGCAGUGAUAUUUCUCCUGAAAUUUCCGGUGGCAUGGCAUCAAAUGGCUAUAAUUUUCCUAUCACCGCCGAUGGACUUCAAAUGUGCACAACCUCCAGAUGUCGAUAAAUGUUCUCGUGACUGCAAGCAAUAUGAAUACAACAGGAGCGUCUUCACUGAGACAAUUGUCACACAAUGGAACCUGGUUUGCGAUGAGGCGUAUUUGGCGAAUUUAUCACAAACACUUUUCAUGUUAGGCAUUUUGGUGGGAAAUAUUCUUUUCGGAAUAUGGGCUGACAAGUUAGGCCGAAGAAACCCGCUAGUAGCUGCAGUUAUUAUUCAACUCAUAUCUGGCGUAAUCACAGCUUUUGCGCCAUGGUAUUGGCUCUUCCUGAUUCUGAAGUUCAUAACUGCCAUGGCGACUGGUGGUACAAUGUGUACAAGCUUCGUCAUUGUGAUGGAAAUAAUCGGACCCAAAUGGCGUGAAGUAUUCUCUGUCGUCUACCAAAUCCCCUUCAAUAUGGGCCAUCUACUGCUGCCACUUUUUGCCUACUUUAUUCGUGACUGGCGCUACUUCCAGUUUGCAAUAUCUAUUCCGUCGGUAAUCCUGAUUUCUUACUAUUGGUUGGUUCCUGAAUCGCCCAGAUGGCUUUUCACCACUGGCAAAAUAGAUGAGGCAGCGGUCAUUUUAGAAAAAGCUGCGAAGCAGAAUAAACUCCCAACUGACCAUAUUCGAAGUGAUUUAGAAGAAGCAUCAAAACGAAAUGCUUCUGAGGGUAAAACUUCAAAGGGAGACAUGACAGAUUUGUUCAAGACACUUAAUAUGUUCAAGAAGACCGUUAUCAUGAUAUUCAACUGGUUUGUUUGUGGACUGGCAUUCUUUGGAGUUGCUCAAUACAUGGGCCAAAUAGGUGGAAACAUUUUUGCCAAUGUCGCUGUCGGUGCAGCGCUGGAAUUACCAGGAACUUUGGUAUGCAUCUUCAUGAUGAAGCAUCUUGGACGAAAGAUCACUCUGAUAUCAUCAAACACCCUCACUGGAAUAUCGAUGUUGUGCAUAGCUUUUGUCUCGAAGGAUACGAAGUGGGCUAUCGUUGCACUAUCUUCAGCUGGUAUAGUUGGAAUGAGCAUAUCUUUUCCAACAGUAUAUUUAUAUGGCGCUGAGUUAUUCCCAACUGUUGUUCGAAAUGGUGGAAUUGGAAUAUGCUCAGUAUCAGCUCGGGUAGGAUCGAUGAUAGCUCCGUUUGUAGCUGGUCUAUCGUAUUCGUAUCAUACCUUGCCCGCGAUUAUAUUUGGGUUGACCCCGCUGGUCGGAGCCGCCUUGGUAUUUCUAUUGCCCGAAACGAAAGGUCAACCUUUGCCUGAAACAAUUCAAGAUGGAGAGACGUUUGGUAAAAAAGAUAAGAAGAUAUCUACAGUGGAGGCUGGUUGAAAUGAAUGGACUUCAGGAAUAUAUGUUUGCAUUGCUUAUUUGUGUAAAUUUAUACAGUAUAAAAAGUAAAAGUAAGUGUCGUACGGGUAAUACUUUUUAAAAUAUACCAAAGAAUUCGAAAGAA